UUAUGAUGUAUUUGGCUGUACGGCCUGUACCGUAUAAACCAUAUACUGUAACGUAAAUCUGAUAGCGUUGGGUCGUCGUGGCGUGUUCACGAAGAAUUUACCACUAAAAUUAUAUGGAAAUCCUUUAGGAAAUCGGUGUGGCCGUACUAUUUACAAACAUAAAACUAUUUAGUCUUGGAAUUCAUGUUCGGAAUCCAAGGAACUGCGUGGGAGUUGGAUGAUUAAUAAAUUUUAUGCCUUCGCUCCAGUAAUAAUCACUGUAGCCUCAGGCCUCGGUAAAAAUGGUUUCAACGCCAUUGCCUCCUUAUGAGCGGCUCCUGAUUGAUGCACAACAAAUGAGCUACCAGAACACUGUCAUCGUUCGCCAUGACGCCGACGUUUAUUGGCUGGGAAACAUUCAGAAUAUCUCCGGAGACUACGCGUUCAUCGACUUUCAAUCCUCAAAGGCCAAACCCAGCUGGAUCCAUGCGAGCCGCGUGUGGCCUCUGCAUUUCCCUCACGAUGAAUACAGGCAUGGGAAAACCCAGGUGUUUGUGGCUCUUCGCGACGAAGAUGACGGGCCAUUUCGUUUUCGGCCCGCGCUUAGGUUAAAAAUCGCUACUGCAUGCGGUCAUUGCCAAACGUUAAUUUUUUACGUCGAAACGCUGAGUAGAGAAACCGAGAGCACUUCCUGCCUGCCUCGCACGGACAUGGUGGACAAAUGCCAAAUUGCCUUACGGUUUCCGGUCACAGAGCCAUCGUUGCUGUGUCGAGUCGACGGGCUAAUGUUCAGGAGGCUCUUUAUCCCCUUUUUCGGUGCGCGAUACUUUUGCAACUACACCUCGGACAGAUUUCACAUCAUCAAGCAUUUCCGCGACACGUUGAAGCGGAAUGCGCAAUUGGCCACCUUAUCGGAUUGCUGUCGAUUUCACCUUCGAAUUCAACAAGACGGAUGCACGUUCGUUGUUAUCAGUCUGGCAGCGGACCCAGAAACAGCGCAAUGGAUGGCCACAGCACUACGGGGAAUGCUGCUGACCCAUAUAGUCAACCGGGCCAAUCUGCCGCCCCACGAUGACCGAAAUUUCAUUGGCACUGGAGAGUUACCCUAUAAAACAGAUGGGAAAGCCGACCAGCUGAAUAAAUGUGUCUCUUUUAAUAAUCUGCCGCCAUUUCUUCUGAGCGAAAUCCUUUCCUUUCUGGAACUGCACUCAUGUGUAAGGGUUAAAAGAGUGUGCGUUUUAUGGCAGCAGCUCCUGAGCAGUGAUCGCGCAACCGAGCACAUUAGGGUUUGCUUCGGAACAUGUGCUGAUGCAACGAAAUCCGGCAACUUAAAUUGCUAUAAAACAGCAUAUCUCCUGAGCCGCACCGUCCGUUCCAACACAAAAAGCAUUACCAUACUGAAUCCAUUUUUAAACUACAACUAUUUAUCUGAUUUGUUGGAAGCCAUGGAGAUCAAGUUGCCUGUAAUAAUUUUCAAGGACUACACAAUUACAGAUUGCGGAAACCUGUACAGCUACUCUAAGGUCUCGCGAUCUGAUGGCCGAAAGCUUUUGGAGUGGCAUGGUGCGACAAUAUGGCUGAGGUUUUACCAAGACAGCUGCCAGCGCAUCGUGCUACACAACUGGAAAUUGAGCAACAUUUUUGGCAAAGCUCUGGAUCAAAUAUUUUUCGAUUUUUGUGGGUCCGAACUUCACGCACUGCCAGCCCAUGAGGUCCAGUGGAUGCAAACUCUCACACACGAGUCCCGAAUUGAUGUGCUCGGGAUUGAUAAAAUUCAAAUCACGAUUAGGAAGUUGGUUUUGGAUUGCAGCGUAGACUGGGAGAGCAUGAUCAGCAAAUUCAUGUGGGCUUUGGACAGUAAUUUCGCGCCUGUUGCAGACGAAGUUUAUGUAAAGGUCAAGAAUGUUCAUGCUCGCUGGGUGCGAACGCUCGCAUUUCCACAGGAAUGGGACACCAUCAGAGUCUAUUUAUCAGUGUUUAGCGGAUUUCACGCAGACGGGACACCGAAAUUCUGGAAUGAAAUUGAUCUAAGACUUGUGGAUGUGUACAAGCUAAGCAGAAUGGCUGUGCUGGGGCUCGCGGAGUUGUUUCGGGUCUGAUGAAGGGAUCUCAUUUGGGGUGUUUCACUCGCUACCUUCUGAGUGUUCCAUUAAUUAAUGUUGUUCCUGCCGAAAGUUUCCCGUGUUGAAGCCGCCCUUGGAAAUUCAGUUACUGAAAUCACCAAGAUUUUUCGAUCGUACGGCUCAGUUGCUCUGAAUUUUUGACCAACUUAUUCACACAAUUUGUUAGUCCGUUUCAUAUACCUUUUGCCAAAAGUAAACAGCUUUGAUAAACAUAUGUAUUCUGUGCUCCGUAUAUGCAAUAUUUCCUGUUGAUAAACAUGUGCAUUGCAA